CAUACGCACUACACAUGGUAAUUCGCAUUCAAAACAAUGAACGACCAUUAGUUUUUAAAUCUUUAUUUAAAAAAAUUGGAUGAUAUGUUCGUGCUGGCCGAGCUGAAGGACAAUGUGCGAAUUGCGCCGGACCAGUUCCACUUAAAAUUGGUGGACGCAGUGCGCGACGAGAUAGACCGCAAGUUGGCCAACAAGGUCCUGCUAAACGUUGGCCUGUGCAUUGCGCUCAAGGACAUCGUCUCCCUAAAGGACUCUAUCAUCCUUCCGGGCGAUGGAGCCUCACACACUGAGGUGCUCUUUCGGUACGUGGUUUUCCGACCGAUGGUGGGCACCGUGAUUACCGGAAAAAUACGGAACUGCAGCCGAGAAGGUGUCCAUGUGACACUCGGCUUUUUCGACGACAUCCUUAUCCCACAUGCCGCCCUGCAACAUCCCUCCCGAUUCGAUGAGGCCGAACAGGCCUGGGUUUGGGAAUAUCCACUGGAGGAUGGCGCCAAGCACGAUCUCUUCAUGGACGUGGGCGAGCCCAUCAAGUUCCGGGUAUCGCGAGAGAUCUUUGAGGAGACCUCACCCAUUGGACCGCCCAAGGCAGAGGCUCAAUCGCAACAGGGACCCAGCACAUCAUCAGCAGCUUCUGCCGCUUCACAAGAAGUCAAGACACCGUACAGGAUUAUUGGUGCCAUUAACGAAUCCGGCCUAGGCGUACUCUCCUGGUGGGAUCAGCAGGGCAAGGACGACGAACAAGACGAAGAAGACGGCGACGAGUAUGACAACGAUGAGGAUGGUGAAGGCGCUUGCGAGGAAUGACCCUGACGUUUACUCAACUGUAUGAUAAUUGCAUCCGGUUUUAUUGUUAAGUUGUCGAUUUCCAAUAUUAAAACAAACAAAUGUUGGACCAUAAA